AUGAAAACAAACGUCCUUCGUUCCCGUGUAUUUCCUCCUGUCGACAAUAAUCAAAAUAUUAUUGCUGGGGAUGAUAGAGCGAAUAUUUUUGUUGGUUUAGCUGCUUUGCAUACUCUUUUUGUUCGCGAACAUAAUCGAAUUGCUUUGCUUCUUCAAAAAGUGAAUCCGCAUUGGGAUCAUGACAGAAUUUAUUUGGAGACUAGAAGAAUUGUUGGGGCUGUUAUACAAAAAAUAACAUAUGAAGAUUAUUUGCCUAGGCUUUUUGGAAAAAAAUUUGAUGAACUUAUUGGAAAAUAUAAGGGAUAUAAUCCUAAAGUUGACCCCUCUAUUUUUGUAGGUUUUAUUUACAUAAAUAGAUUUAUUUUUGGGGUAUUUUCUGCUUUAUAG